UCCCAGAACCUCAACCCCCAAGAACACUUUGCGUUUCUCAGCCUCUUCAAAUCACCCAGAUUUUUUUCUUUCUUUGUUUCUCUCUCUAGCCUUCUCUCACUACCCUUUCCAUGGAGAGUCCUCAUUCUCUCUCUCCUUCUUCUUCGUCCUCUUCUUAUUCUUCCGACGGCGUUAGCUUCGAAACGGAGGAGCCGAGGACGCCGUUGGCCGUGCGGCGAGCUUUGCAGCUGCUGAACUCCGGCGAGCCCGAGCUGCGGCUCCAAGCCGCCCGGGACAUCCGGCGGCUCACGAAGACGUCACAGCGCUGUCGGCGCCAGCUCGCAGAAGCUGUCGGUCCACUCGUUUCCAUGCUCCGAGUCGACUCGGCCGAGUCACACGAACACGCUCUACUCGCCUUGCUUAAUCUCGCCGUCAAAGAUGAAAAGAAUAAAAUCAAUAUUGUGGAGGCUGGUGCAUUAGAACCGAUAAUCAGUUUCCUCAAGUCACAAAAUCUAAAUCUGCAGGAGUCUGCAACUGCAUCUUUGCUCACACUAUCUGCCUCUUCAACCAACAAACCAAUUAUUAGUGCUUGUGGUGCCAUCCCUCUUCUGGUGGAGAUCCUUCGAGAUGGAAGCCCCCAAGCUAAAGCUGAUGCAGUGAUGGCUCUAUCAAAUUUAUCGACACACCCUAAUAAUCUCAGCAUAAUUCUUGAGACAAAUCCAAUCCCUUUCAUAGUUGAUCUUCUUAAGACCUGUAAAAAAUCCUCGAAAACAGCCGAAAAAUGCUGUGCUUUGGUAGAGUCCUUGGUAGAUUAUGAGGAGGGCAGAACUGUGCUGACAUCUGAAGAAGGUGGGAUUCUUGCAGUUGUGGAAGUUCUUGAAAAUGGCACUCUCCAAAGUAGGGAGCAUGCGGUUGGAGCACUGUUGACAAUGUGCCAAAGUGAUCGAUGUACAUACAGGGAACCAAUUCUUAAAGAAGGUGUCAUUCCAGGACUUCUUGAGCUUACUGUUCAAGGAACACCCAAGUCUCAGUCAAAAGCACGCACUCUUCUGCAGUUACUGAGAGAAUCUCCUUAUCCAAGAUCUGAAAUUCAACCUGACACUCUUGAGAAUAUAGUAUGCAACAUCAUAUCCCAGAUUGAUGGGGAUGAUCAAUCUGGUAAAGCAAAGAAGAUGCUGGCUGAGAUGGUCCAAGUCAGCAUGGAACAGAGUCUCAGACAUUUACAGCAAAGGGCUCUCGUGUGCACCCCAAGUGAUCUGCCUAUAGCUGGCUGUGCUUCUGAAGUUUCUUCAAAAUGAUAGUUCCCUUUUCCAACCCUUUCUCACUUUUUUCUUUGCACCUGGGGUUUGUGAGAUAAAUUUCCAUAGUAAAAAGGUAAAGAAAAAGAAGAAGAAGAAGAAUAAUACGUAGUAGAGUAUGCCAGUCCAGGCCGUUGUGGAGGUACCGAGUGACUGGUAAUUGUCAAUAAACGAAGUUGCAAGAACCAUGAUUUUGUAGUUGGUUUGUAAAGAAACUGUUGUAUAAAAUGACAUGCAAGUAGUAAAGGCUCUUCGAUCAAUUCUUGUUCUC